GCUCCUGUUUGUGUCCUGGCAGACACAUGGUCAGGAAGAAAUAAAAGCUUCAGUUCAGCCCCCCACCCAGCUGACCUCUGGACUCAGUCCUGGCGGUGGCGCUUUGCAGCCGGUGGGCUGGCUCAGUCUGAGAGUUGGCUGGUAAUGAAGUCCAGCAUGAGGCAGUGGUGGAAGCUGGCGCUGGUGGCCAUGCUGGCCUGGGUUCUCGUUUUUUUCGUCCUCCUCUCUUACUUCUUGGAUACUCGUGCCAAUGAGCCUCUGACCUCCAGCGGCUCUUUGCUGUCUCAGCACCCUGACACCCGCCGGCUAACCUCCAUACAAGCCUCCAAUCUGCAGCACUCCGUUUUGGGAUCAAGACCUACAAUGUAUAUCAGAGAAACGCCAGGUUUUGGCUCUUUAAGCAGCUCCUCAACCCCAGAGACCAGUGUGGAGGUCAGUCAAAGCCCGAACGAGGCUCCCUAUGCUACUUACGGUAGCCAGGAAGUAAACCACCGGGACUAUUUGGACCCACAGAGCCUAGCUGCCUGGUCUUCCUUCGGUACAGAAAAUGUAGAGAACCAGGGCUUUCACUCAGAUCCUGCAGUCCAGAGUCGUGAGAGAACAUCACUGAUCACAGAGUAUCCAAACCACGAUGAUACAACUCCUUACCACGACGGUGAUGAGGAGGACGAUGGGAAUGAAAACGAGGAGCUCGGAAUCAGAAGGAGGGCUCCAAGGGCCAAGAGGGCGGGCGGUGACUCCGCCAAUCUGGAUGAAUAUCAUUUCUCCAAGUUUGACUCGGUGGUGCAUCGGCUGUGGAGAGGCCGCGUGUCCGCCAACAUGCUGAGUCCUCGACUGCAGCAAGCCAUGAAGGAGUACAUGAGUGCCAACAAACACAGUGUUUCUUACAAGGGACAUCGCAAAACCAGCCAGAGUGCCAAGGAUAUGCUGUGCCAAAUGAAAGCCCAGGCACAACUGAGAACUCUGGAUGGGUCGGAGGAGCCCUUUUCCUCUCUCGGCUGGGUUGACUUUGUGCCGCCUCUUCCCCUGGAGAGGCUGAGCAGGCGUCAGGAGAAGAGCAGCCUGAAGACCUGCGCCGUGGUCACAUCUGCUGGUGCCAUGCUGCGCUCACGACUGGGGAAAGAAAUCGAUUCUCACGAUGCAGUUUUACGUUUCAACUCUGCACCGACAGACGGAUAUGAGCGAGAUGUGGGAAACACAACUACAAUCCGCAUUAUCAAUUCACAGAUUUUGGCAAAUCCGACCUAUCAGUUCAACACAAGCUCCAUCUAUAAGAAUGUAACUCUGGUGGCCUGGGACCCCACACCGUACUCUGUUAAUUUACACAAGUGGUACACCAGUCCAGACUUCAUAGGCAUCCUCCUGAUGAUGGCGCUCUGCGAGCAGGUGCACGUGUACGAGUACAUCCCCUCCAUGAGGCAGACCGACCUGUGCCACUACCACGAGCGGUAUUACGACGCUGCCUGCACGCUGGGCGCCUACCACCCCCUCCUCUACGAGAAGAGCCUGAUCCAGCGGAUCAACACGGGCCCAGAGAAUGACCUCAGGAGGAAAGGACGCGUGACUCUUCCAGGCUUUAGCACCGUUGACUGUGACAUCUGAAAUAUGAAAGCUCCUGAGCCCAAAUAAAAUACACACACGAGCACACACAAGGGCCUUCUGUGGCUGCCCGAGGGAGAGUUGCAAUAAAGCCACUGUAGACAAGAAGGCUGAAGCUUACAAGUUUCAAAUUCAACCUAUGAAGAGCAUAAGCCAUAGCCCUCUGGGGAGGGAUCAACUUAGCAAAUGUCUAAAGACGUUGUCUUCAUCAAAGAUGGUUUACUUGACCAGAAACUGGAGCUGAUUUUCAAAAAAGAAAAAAAAAAUCUGCUUUAGCUGAGCCAUGUUAGCUUUAGUGCUAACUAGGGUAGCAACAGAUCUGUGUUUUUAGAUAGACGAGUGAAUUUUCAAUAAUCUGGUGUGUAUCAGUCGUGUAAAAACUGUGUCUUACAGGUGUAUGGAAGGUACUAUACUUAAAAAAGGAAACGCCACUGUUUAUUUAUUCAGAUUUUUUUGUAUAAUCUGGAGUGGUGUAAAAAGGUAUACAAUAACGUCCACUCAGAAUGUGACAAACACGUCAGCAACAUGCAGAAGAAUGCAGCUUUACCGUCAGAUUGUCAAACUGCCUCAGCAGUCGUUUUACUGUACAUAUCUGCCAGGUUGUUUCCUGUUCUCACUACUGAUGCUGUUCAGUUUUAACUUGGAUUACUCUCCUGUUCACACCGACUGUAAACAACACGUUUGACACUUUUUCACAUUUUAGUUCUGGAGCAGUCAUGCAACCAAAUGAAAGUAAACGGGGCCAAAAAGAAAGAAAGAAAGAAAACAAGGUGCUCAGAACAGCCAUAAUCCCGUGCCUGGUGGUCAGCCGAACACUUUUCUCGGGUUGCCUUGUGACUGUUCAUACAAAUGCAGUAACACUGUGGCAGGACUGCAGUACCAGUCGAUAUGAUUGCUUCAGCUAUUUCCAGCCCCUGACUUUGUUUUCUUUUCCUCUCAGUUCACUUUUUAUUGAAUGUAGUUUUGCCUGUUUUGGCCAAACCCCCUACUGAAAAUCACCUCUGCUGUAUUUUUAGAAUAUGUGCAGGAAAUGUUUGUUUAUUUUUUAUUUUAUUUUAUUUUGUGUGUAAAAGCGUGAAGUGCAUUCCUUACAAGUACAUAUAUUUUAUAGUUCCUGACUCCUCUGGUAGUAGUCUAUACCCAUUCAUAGCACCGAGGGGAGAGAAUUUUAAAGCAUGUUCAGUAUUUUUUGUUUCCAGAUGUAUCUGGAUGUUUACAGUGAACCCAUGACACAUAAAGCAGAUCGCUCUAGAGGUGUCAAGUCAAAAUAAUAAAAAGAAGAUGUUUGUGCCGACAUGUAGUCAGAAAAUAUUGAGCCUAUAACCGGCUUGAUUUUUAUCUUUUUUUCUCUCAAUGUGUGCCAUUGAUGGUUUAAUAAGGUGAAAAUGUAAAAUGUUCCUGAAACUUUGCUUAAAUGUGAAGGUCACAUUGUUGUAGUAGGAUCGUAGAAGAAGCUGUUUGUGGAGUUGGACUCGGGCUGGGUGUUAUACCACAAAAAGAAACAUUUUUAGUUGGCUUGCAUUUAUUAAAAUAGUUAGAUACAGCAUAAUUUAUACUUAAAGCAUGGUUGAUGCGGUUUUUCAUGACUUUUAUACAUGAUGUGUUAAUAUGAAGCGUGCAAAUGUAAAUACAUUUUUGAUAAACUACACUGAUGAGCCACAACAUUAUAACCACCUGCCCCGWAAUAUGUAGAUCCUGACUGGUUGGAGCCUGGACUCAUGUCAUCAGUGGGUUUUGAAGUGUACAUCACCUGGACAGUAUCAAUCAGUUCUCUGURUAACGCUUCUGGGGCUUUGAAAUCGGGACUCUAGUCUCCCUGAAUUUGGUUUAAUCAUUGUCAAGAGUAAAUCAAAACCUUUUCAGUCAAGCUCUGGUCUCAGUUGUUUGCUAAGCAAAUAUUAAAGUCAUCAAAUCAUAUUUGUAUGGAAAAAUACUUUUACUUCAAGCAGUAGUGCAAACAAUACUGCUUUGAAUUCCUCCCAUUCUCACUCUCGAACUAGUAAAAUAAUGAGUGUGCCUACUUUUGAUGAUUAUWGAUGCCACUGUGAUUUCACCUUUGUAUUAACUUAAACAGCUCCUACAGCUAUUUUUAUCAAGUAGUGACGCUAACUGCAUCAGCAUUAUCAUUUUUAAACUAAUCUUCUAUCAUUAACUUAAAACUGUAAUCACAACACUUUGUCUCCUUUAGUAUUUCCAUCAUGAUCAUCUGGGCAUUUAGGGCAGUAGGGCUCUGAUUGGUCAAAUAAUGUGCAGCUUGGCUCCACAAUUUGCUGCAAUCUUGAUAUUGCAACAUUUUUCAGUUUCUCCAUCGGUGGGUUUUAAUGUUGUGGUUGAUCAGCGUAUGUGCAAUAAUGUGUACUAGAUUAAUUGUGUGAUUAAUGAUUAAUUCAGUGAAUUAUUUCAACGGCAAAARUAAGUACUUCAUCACAUUGAUGCAAAAAAAAAAAUUUUGUGACUCCGAAAUUGCCGUGAAUGCAUUUCCCACAAAGAGGUAUUGAGGAUCAAUUACAGGACUCUGCUGAGGCAGCUCAGCAGGUUGUAGAAACGUGUCUCUGAACAGUUGAUAGAUAAUUGUGAGAUUAAAAAGAUGCUUUGUACACAGUUUGUAGAAUAAUAAUUAUAAAAAAUACGGUUUAAUACCCAGCUCCAGUGAGUUAAAGACCAGUAGGCUAAAGAUCUGAGGGAAGUCUGCGACAAAACUGUAGAAAAUGUUUCCGGUGUUUGAAAAGGAAAUUUGAGGAUUCUGUUUAGCCGUGUGGGUAUUUCAGCUCUGCUGCAGGCUUUACGUCUCCACUCAGCUUGUGACUGUAGCACACUGAAGGUGGAAAAAGCCCUGAACAUAUUGAACACGUGCAGUUUAUAUUUGAUGACUUUCCGCWGCACAAAGCAUGCAAAUCAGGACCAGGGCUGAGUCUUAAAACUGUCUGUGCUGUUAUCGUGCAGCAAGUCAUCGUCGUCCAACUUGUAGGAGGUGACUGUGCUUUUUUAUCAUUUGAUUUUUUUCAAAAUUUUUCUCAAAUUGACAUAUGAAAAUGUUAUUGCAUGCUUGUGGACCGCAUCCAGCUGCAGUGUAGCUCUCGGUUAUUACCCGAAGGCACUCGAAUACGUGUCAUGACUUCUUGAAACGUCUUUCUUUUUGCAUUUUGUUAUUGUGCCAAAUUCUGUCUUAAAUUCUGUGUGAGCUGUUUGAGGAGUCAGUGAUGGCAGGAUGUCCUCUGUACGGGACUGUUGCUUCUCUUUGGGAUGCCUAAUAUCAAAAUAAGUUGAUUUUCUGUAUUACCAGUAACAAACGCUGAAAGUCUGUCGGAUAAGUGACUGAAAAUUGUUGGUGGUGAAGUMGUAAGAUCAUGUUUAUAAAAUGCAUUUUUUUGGUCAGUCUCCUGAGACCUAUCUUGCAUACUUUGUUUUGAUUAAGUUUGGUGGGAAUUUCUUUACCACACUGUCUCAGAGGGGUUGCUCAGCAUUUUUUUCUUUCCUCUCUGCAGCAGCUUCCUGCAGGCCAGUAGAAGUUAAAGUCCUGUUUCACUCCCAGCAGCCUUGUUUUUGUCCAGAUUUUUUUUUCAAUAAUUCCUCUUAUUUCACUUGAAUUGAUAUUUAAAUGAUCCAUUUGUAUGAUUUCAAUUAUGUCAUUUUUUUACUGUGUAAAUAAAACUACAUGCCAUCGUGCUGAUUUGGAAAA